CUUCGAAAAAAAUGUCAAAAGACUAUCCGGUGUGGUCGUUCACACACCUAACCAUGAUAGUGGAAUAGUAGAAAAAUCCAAAUGACAUAAACGUGAUUUUAAAGAAAUAUUAAUCACUUUAUAUACACACAAAUCCCCUAACCCAAAAUCAUCAAUUUAAUUUUCUUCAAAAACUUAUGAUAUAUACACUCAUGGCAGCUAAUGAUGAUGCUCAAAACUUGUUUGAUCAAUUUGAUACUUACUGGUUUACACACCAAAUUUUCAAGAAAACCCAAAAUAACCCAUUUCCCCAAACCCACAUAAACAACCAAGAAUCUAUAGUUGAAACAGAUCAUAAAAAUUUUGAUUCCAUGAAGCAGCUGCAAAGUAGUGAUUCUCCAAAUUCUGUGCUGAAUUUUUAUUCUCCAAAGCUAGAAACCAUCUUUUCAGGAAAAGAAUCUAGAGAAAUUCUACUAAAAGAAGAAAAGGAGCCGGUAGAAGUGAAAAUGAAAAAAGCAUUACCAAAAGAAAGAAAGAAAAAUACUAGUAGUAGCAAAAAAAGCAAGAGCCUAUCAGAGUUAGAAUUUGAAGAGCUUAAAGGUUUUAUGGAUUUGGGUUUCAUGUUUUCUGAAGAAGAUAAAGAUUCAAAGUUGGUUUCAAUCAUUCCUGGGUUGCAAAGAUUAGGAAAGUUGGAUUCUAAUAAAGAGGAUGAUGAUGUUGUUUCUUCAUCAUCAAGGCCUUAUCUUUCUGAAGCAUGGGAUAAUUAUGAGUUUGACAACAAAAGGGAAUUAAUAAGAAUUCCAGCUUUUGGUAAUGAAGUAGAGAUUAAGGAUCAGCUUAAAUGUUGGGCUCAUUCUGUUGCUGCUUCUGUUGUUAGAUGACAUAUAUCAUUAACUACUACUAGAACAUGUUUUUGCAUUUGGCUUUUUUUUUUGUGACUAGUUAUGUAUGGUCAUUUGUUUUCAUGUCCUUCUUUUGUUGUUGAUGGGAUUAUGUUAUCUUGAUAAUGUAUAUAUGGCUUGUGUAUUAUUACAAAUUGUAAACUGGAAGUAUGCAUCAUGAGUCAUGACAUCUUUUAAGUUAUUUGUACAAGACCUCAAGGUCAAGCAGUGGUGGAUAGAAGAGGAAAGAAUAAAAGAAGAUUUUAUUA